AUGCCAACCUUGCUCAGCUACUACCACAUUUUCAUCAGCCAAGGUGGAGAUGACGUGCAGCAACUCUGUGAAGCCGGAGAGGAGGAAUUCCUGGAGAUCAUGGCCCUGGUGGGCAUGGCCUCCAAGCCGCUGCACGUGGAGCGGCUCGCCGAGUCAGCCGUCCGCCUCGCCAAGACGCUGCCGGACUUCGAGCCGCGAGCCAGAACAGCAAGCGCAAGGUGUGCCGGCGAAGUGGAGCAGGUGAUGAGCAUGGAGGCCGACCAUCCGCAGCGUCUGGAGAAGUUCCGCAAGUACGCCGCCAUCUACGGCCGGUUCGACUGCCGGCGUCGGGCGGAGAAGCCGCUCACACUGCACGAGGUGUCGGUGAACGAGGCGGCAGCGCACAUCUGCAUGCAGGUGCCGGCGCUGCUGACUCGUCGCGACGAGCUGUUUCCGUUGGCGCGCCAGGCGGUCCGGCAUUCCGGCUACCAGUACUCCAAGGGCCACUCCAGGUCGCAGGGAGCGCAGGGCUUCUCGCCGCGAGAGUUCCGAGUCGGCGAGGAGGCGGGCGGAGUCAAACGACUCCGCCUCGACUCGGACCCACUGGCAGAGGACCUGUCGGACGGCGAUUGGCUGCACAGACAGGAGCGGCUGCAGCAGAUCUCCGAGGAGGUGCGGCGGCUGCGGGAAUCGUACAAAGCCUGUCUGGAGCUGGACGACGACGACUCGCAGUUUUCGCUGGUCAGCGUUCCGUCGCCCGCGGUGAGGCAGCUGUGA